UACGAUGAAAUUAUCUAUCUAUCAGAUAAGAAUUUAGCAUGAGACAUCUAGCGGCCAACAUAUCGUCCCCCAAAGUGCGUGAACUACAAGACCACUAUCUAUGGAGAGAACGGGCUCUGUACUUGCUACGUCCAUACAGUACAUUGAAUAAAAAGAGAUGCGGCAAGUAUUGUUCGUACUCCGUACAAAUAUAUGGGGUGUAUUGUUUAGAGGACCAGUAUCACACACAAUAUAAAUUUAUGACUAGAAACUGAUCUUUUUUUGGUAGGGGGGGGGGUUAAGCUGAAAAUACAACAAUUGUCUCUUUAAUUUUAAAUUCAGCACAUCACCGGGCUUCCAAGAAUCUUGAAAAUUUUCAGGUUAAACUAUAUUUCCUUGCUUUAUUCAAUAUUCAAUCAUUUUAAGUUAUUAUUGGAUGAUAAGAUUUAUAUUUACCAACCAUAGGGAAGAAGCAAGUUUUUUUUAAUGGUUGUUUUGGCAGAAGAUUCUGACCAUUGGGUUUGUAUUAAUUCUGUUCAGUGGGCGAUCAAGUGUAUUUUUAAAAGGUAAAUAAUCCCUUAUUGCGUGUUUUCAGUCCUGAAAUGUAAAUAAUUUUUAUUUUUCAAGGGAGAUGAAAGUUCCUGAUGAAUAUUUCUCAAGGUCCGAACCUUCCAGUUCAUCUCCUGUAGAAUAAUUAGAGACCAUGUUGACCCACUUCGGAUUGUUGGAUACGUUUUCUCUAUUAAAGCGGAGAAAUGUUUGCAUUGAUAGUAAUAUAACUACUUUCAACUCCAGGGAGAUGAAAGUUCCUGAUGAGUAUUUCUCAAGGCCCGAACCUUCCAGUUCAUCUUCUGUAGGUAGUUCAUCAGAGUCUACAUCCAAAUCUGAUUUAUCAAGUUCAUCAGACUUCUUAGAGCUCUCAUCAAUUGUUCAUGGAAUUAGUAAACCAGAUGAAAAUUCAGCUUUGAAAUAAUCUUAAAAUCUUUUUCCCAUGACAGAAAAAAUUUGUAAUUCAACAUUUACCCCAAUGUAUGAUAUGUUUUAAAUUGUAGCAAGGUUUAUAACGCAAAAGGAGAUUGCAUUAUUGCUAGGAGAGAGUAUUAAAAUGUCCCUGAAUGAGGUACCUUUGAUUACAGGAACACAAUCAAACAGAGAAUAUCUCAUGUUGUCCCUGGGAAUCCACUCAACUGCCUUUUUUAGAGUAAGCAUGGGAACCAAGCUUUGUUUGGAGUUUUUAAAAAUUCAUGCCACUCAACCUAAAAAUUAUAAACCAGACAGAGAACAUUCCUGUGAUUCUAUUGAGUUUCCCAAUCAGAAUUUGUCCAGUGGUUCAUGAUAUAUGAGCUCGGACAUCCAAACAAACUAGAUUAAUGAAUUUCAUUUCUUUAGCAAAGGUUUGUGAAAAUCAUAUGAUUAUUUUAGAAAUAGUAAUCUUAAAAAAUGGGAAAUGUUUCUUCCGUGCACGGACGUCCAGCUGAAGAAAGAACAGGAGCACAAAAGGAAAAAUUAUCAACUGUACAUAGAGGCCAGAACAUGUAUAUUGGAGGACGUAAAGUUCAAAAGAUAUGGGUUCCUCGACACCUCCGAUGUAAAACUGAUUCCGCGGAUAGAUCUGAUCAAUGUGGAGGUUCUAAUGACAUGGUUGGAGCUAGUAAAACCAAUCUGGACACUCAGAAUACCAGGAAACCUGAAACCAAGGAAUUAGGUGAGUCAGAAAGCUCUGAUGAUGAUGAGGGAGAACGAGAAUCGUCGCCGGCUCUUCUCCAAAGAUUUAAUGUUGUCAGCUACUGACGAGGAAACAGAUAAGGAGAUGAAAGUUCCUGAUGAAUAUUUCUCAAGGUCCGAACCUUCCAGUUCAUCUUCUGUAGGUAGUUCAUCAGAGUCUACAUCCAAAUCUAGUUUAUCAAGUUCAUCAGACUUCUUGGAGCUCUCUUCCAUACCUACUGAUGUCGGUACUCAUGCACUUGGGAGGAGGUUUGAAUACAAGGAAUACUUUUACCCAUGUGGUGCACCCAAAGGCAUUAGAACAGCAUUCGCCUUUUUCUGUCAGGAAUUUUUAAGUACAAACAGAAAAAGACCUGAAGGACAAGGACACAGGAACCACCUUCUGGAAGCUUCAGAAGCCUGGAAAAAGUUACCUAAGGAUAGAGCAGAUUUCUUCAAAACCAAGGAAAGAAAUGAUAUUAAAAGGUUUGAAGAAGAAAAAGAUGAAUAUGAGAAGACACUGAAUAUAAAACUGGCAGUAGUAAUGGAACGUGAAUUAUCCAAGUUAAGAAGCAAAAACAAGAAGAUGCAGUUACUACAAUUUAUUUUAGCAGAGUUUCCUUAUGCUAAUAAGAAAUUUGCGAGAAAAAGUACCUUAGAAGUUCAGUUGAUGCUGUUACGGUUCUUCAAUCAUUCAAUGCAGAAGAAUAAGAAGGAACACCCCAACAAGACUCAAAAGAUGAAAAUUUCUGGUAAAGCUAAACUGGUUUCUGUUCAAUCCAAGCCAGCUUCCAAGAAGGACUCUCGGAAACCUGGAACAGUAUCCAGUAAAACAAGUACAGGAUCCUCUAGACCCAGUCAGGAAUCCAGAAUACGUGGACCCGUAUCCUGUAAACAGGGGACAUUGUCUGGUAAACAAGGGCCUGUGUCCGAUAAGCUUAAGCAAGUGUCUGGUAUGGCUAACGCCAGCAUCUUUUUUCCUACACAAGGGCCAGAAUCUAUGAAACUUGGAGCCGGAUCCCUUAAUUCCGGAAAACGUUCUGCUAAACCUGAUCCUGCAUCUGGUAAACUAAAAUCGAACAGGCCUGGCCCAAAAUCCCGUAAAUCAGGACAAAAAUCUAGCAAACCCAGCCCUGUAAACCUACGCCAGGGCCUGGAAAAGCUAAACCAAAAGGAGAUCCAAGGGAACUUGGAUCAGAACUAAAUCUGUCAACAACCGAACUUGCUUUGCACCUACUAAAUCAAUCUACAUCAGAUUUGAAUUUGUAUUCAUCAGAACCAACUCCAUCUACAUCAGAACUUGUUUUGUACUCAUCAGAGCUUGGUGUCGCGUAACCUUAAUUUCCGCAACAGAAAGUGACUUAUCGAAUUCAGAAACAUUUCUUUUUCAACAGCAUUAAUGACCAGAAUCUGGUAGAUCUGCAACAAUUACUGUAAAUACAUAUUUUUCCUAAAAA